AAACCGGAAGUCUUUCCUUUAAAACUCCCUCAGCACCGUUCCGCUCCUCUCUUCUUUCCUGAGUGUCUUGUCAGGUUUACGAAGCGGCUUUCCAGCCUUGUAACUUCUCUUUUCUUUAGUAAUAAUGGCCGACAAAGGUCUUUCAGACGAAGCAGCGACAGCCGCCUGUAAAGACGGCGACCCCAUAACAAAGGAUUUCAUGAUGCAGCAAACUAUGCUGAGGGUCAAAGAUCCUGUCAAAUCCCUGGAUUUCUACACCAGAAUCCUUGGCAUGACGCUCCUGCAAAAGUUUGACUUCCCCUCCAUGCGUUUCUCUCUCUUCUUCUUGGGCUACGAGGACAAGACGGAAAUCCCUGCUGACCUGAAGGAGAAGACGGCCUGGACCUUUUCACGGAGAGCCACCAUUGAGCUAACGCAUAACUGGGGUUCAGAAUCUGAUGAGAAUCAGUCUUAUCACAAUGGAAACUCCGAUCCACGAGGCUUUGGACACAUUGGAAUCGCAGUUCCUGACGUGUAUGCAGCCUGCAAACUGUUUGAAGAACAAGGAGUCCCGUUCGUCAAGAAGCCGGAUGAUGGAAAAAUGAAAGGCUUGGCCUUCAUACAGGACCCAGACGGUUACUGGAUUGAGAUCCUGAGCCCCAACAAUAUGGUGUCCAUCACCUCUUAAACACUACCCACAUCCUACCUACUGCAUGUAUAAGGCCGGGCCGCUGUGGCAUCACUGGGAGAGAGCACAGCGGGAUUCAGCAACAUGCGCCGGGGAGCUGAGGACAAACGGAACAGCAUCACUGGCUUAGUGGAAAUCUGUGUGUUCCCAGGUGUGGACUGGACUUUUAUUGUACAGUUGAAGAGCACAUGGAUUGAGUUAUUGCUAUGUAACUACUUUCUGUAGUCGUCGCAUUUGUGUGCCAACAUCAGUGCGUUUUCAAAAGUGAUUCUGGAAAUAAAGCGAUAUUACUGUGUAAUAAAUGUGAAAGCCACAGUUCCGAUACUAUUGGACCUGUUUUUUAUUUUAAUUUUAGUUUAAAAAAAUUAGUGGAUGCUUUAGUAUUCGCAGCUACAAAAAGCAACAAUCAGACCAUCAGUUUUCUCAAAUUCACAACCCGAAAUGUUAGAGAGUCUGUUCGAGUAGAUUUAUCCAGCACAUAUUUAAUUUUUUUUCCUCCUCUCUCUUGUUAUUAUGAAGGCAUCGGGCAGUUUAUGGUAGUCUGAUUUAUUUUCUUAAGUCAGACUUGUUUAUCGGAACAGAUUUAAAGUUGCAACAACCUCCAGACACAAUGGAACUGUGUGUUUCCUGGGUUCCUGCUGCUUGUAUAUGGUAUCUCUGUCUGCCACUAGAGGGAAGUCUAAGCAAACCACCCUGGCUCAGUCCAUCCCAUCCCAGAGACCCAUGGAUUAUGCUUCGAGGUUGAAGAAAAGUAGGCCAAAUGCCAUAUUUUGUGAGAUAAAAGGCGUGAACUGUUCAUUCAGAUGUGAUAAGUGAUAAUCUAUACUUCUGAUAUGAUGUGAAAGGCUGU